AUGGUGCAGCAAGGCAGCAAUACAAUCUGGCUAGACAAUGCCAUAGAGACGUGCUCGACCCUCCCCCCAGACAUCCUGCGCGCCCUCAACACCAUCGCCGCGCUCGACCGCAAGUCCCAGGAGCUCCGCGAGGACCUCGAGCGCGCCCACCAGCGCUGCCUCGACCUCGGCCCCGUCGCCAACGCCGAGGAGCACCGCCCCCUGCGCGACGACAUUGAGCGCAUGCACGGCCUGCUCCUCCAGUGGGCCGAGGAGCGCCUCCAGCUGGCCAUCGUCGCGCACGAGCAGGUCGAGCGCCACGUCCGCAUGGUCGACGAGGACCUCCAGGGCUUCGAAGAGGAUCUGAUCGACCGCGGGGCCUUCCAGGACGUCGGCGACGACAUGGAGCCGUACGAACGCAUGCCCUCGUCGACGCGCCGCGGGGCCGGCGGGCUGGGCGGCGCGCUGAGCGGGGGCGUCGGGGGCGCGCUGGGGGGCCCGACGGCGUCGGAGUACACGGGGGGGACUUCCGCGCAGGAUGAUGGGGGGGGUGCGGGGCAGAUGGGGCCCGGGCAGGGGAACCCGCCGCCGGCGCUGCGCGCGAGCAGGCGCGGCGGUGGGCCGCCGAUGCAGCGGAUGGCGAUGGGGAUGGACGGCGGGCACGGCGGCGACGGGAUGGGGUACGGCGGCGACGGCGUGUACGCGCCGGUGGGCGUGGGGCAAAUGGGGUUCAUCAACCCCCCGCCGCCGAACCUGAAGGACAAGGCGCGGCGGCUGCAGACGCGCGCGAAGUUCUUGGAGUACAAGGACGUGAACGAGGCGCUCGUGGGGAAGCACGCAGAGAUGUACUGGCCACAUGACGACCACUGGUAUCUGAUUGAGAUCCAGGCGGUGGACAGCGGGACGCGGCGGGCGACGAUCAUGUACCUGACGGGGGAGACGGAGGAGCUGGAGCUCGACGAGAUCAUUCGCGAACGCCACAUGGUCGUGAUCGGCCUCUGA